AAAAAAUAGCUCUUCGUAGUUUUGAGGUCAACUUGGUGUCAACUUCCGGUAAAUCUGAUGACGACGUGAACUGACGCAACAUGCUCUCUAUACACCAUUAUAUUAGAUUUUAACCUAUCUCACAUCGUGUAUAAAAUACUGGAGACCCCAAAGCAUGUCAAAAGUAAUUUUUCUCCAUCCCGAUCUGGGAAUAGGGGGAGCCGAAAGAGCAGUGAUCGAUGCUGCCCUGGCCCUGAAAUCAAAAGGUAUGGACGUCAAAUUUGUUACAGCACAUCAUGACCCAGGACAUUGCUUUCAAGAAACUAAAGAUGGAACUUUUGAGGUGAUCACUGCUGGUGACUGGCUUCCACGGAGUAUAUUUGGGAAGUGUUAUGCCCUGUGUGCCUAUCUCAGAAUGAUCUAUGCGGCAAUAUACCUGGUUGUUUUUAGUUCUCUAACUUUUGAUCUCAUUUUUUGUGAUCAAAUUUCCGCAUGUAUGCCAGUGUUAAGAUUCAGCAGUGCCAAAGUUCUUUUCUACUGUCAUUUCCCUGACAUGCUACUGACGCAGCGGAAGAGUUUGCUGAAGAAGCUGUAUCGGACACCAAUUGAUUGGCUAGAGGAGAGGACAACGGGGAUGGCGCACUGUGUUCUCGUCAACAGUAAAUUCACAGCUGGCGUGUUCAGGGAUACUUUCAGCUCACUGAGCCACAUGAAGCCAGAGGUGUUGUACCCUAUCCCAGACUUUACUGCAUUCAACAAGCCGGUGGAGCCACCUACCAAGGAGCUGAUGCCCCAAAACAAAAAGUUGAUAUUUCUGUCAAUCAACAGAUAUGAGAGGAAGAAGAAUCUUGGUUUAGCAAUAGAAGCUUUUGGUCAGCUGACUGAGCGUCACCCUGAUGUGAAAGACAUUCACUUGAUAAUGGCAGGAGGGUAUGAUGAAAGGGUAACUGAAAAUGUAGAACACUAUCUGGAGCUUCGGCAGCUGUCGGAGAAACUGAAACUGACCGACAACAUCACAUUCCUGCGUUCUUUCAGUGACGCCCAGAAGAGAACACUGCUGACUCACUGUUCAUGUCUCCUGUACACACCUGACAAGGAACACUUUGGUAUUGUACCUAUUGAAGCCAUGUACAUGAAGUGUCCGGUGAUUGCAGUGAAGAGUGGAGGGCCCCUAGAGACGGUCGAGGACCAGAAAACUGGCUUUCUUUGUCAACCUAUUCCAGAUAGUUUUAGUGAAGCAAUGGACAAGUUUGUGAAGGAUUCUGGCCUCAGUAGGAAAAUGGGCAAUGCUGGGAAAGAAAGAGUGCUCGCAAAAUUCUCCUUUGAACAAUUUACUGAGAAAUUACAUGGUAUUGUUACAGGUCUUCUCUCAGGAAAGCCUUGAGUCAAUACGUGAAAGAGUGCCUUCCUUCUUGAAUGUAAGUUAUGUGACAGAACCAAAUAAACACUGAAAAUCA